GGACAGACUUGACAGAUUCACGCUCACUGAUAUCACAACUUUGGAUACAGACACCAUGCGCUUUUCCAUCAGCCUCAUCACGCUCGCGGUCUUGGCUGCUGCUGCUCCGAUCAGCAAGCCAGGUGAUGCUGUAGCCUACCCCGAGUCAUACAAACGUGAGCCAGAAGUGGCUUACCCCGAGAGUUACAAAAGAGACGCCGAAGUGGCAUACCCUGAGAGCUACAAGCGCGAAGCUGAGGUGGCGUACCCUGAGAGUUACAAGCGCGAGCCCGAGGUGGCUUACCCAGAGAGUUACAAAAGGGACGCUGAAGUGGCAUAUCCAGAGAGCUACAAGCGCGAGCCCGAGGUGGCUUACCCGGAGAGCUACUAAAGCAUGGGAUGAUCAAGACCUCCGCAUACCGAGCUAUAUCAACAUUUGGAAAUGCUUGGAAAUGUCUGUCCGUCUUGUUAUGUAAACUUCCAGGUAGCUUUACAUGCGCUCGUUUGAUGUAGUAUCGGCCUUGUGGAUAGCCUGUGCAGUGUCGCAUUAAGCAUUGAAUUUACUGCUUCGA